AGAGUAUAUGUGUGUGUGACAGAAGGAAGAAGAAAAAGAGAGCGAGGAUAGGUUACACGACAUCGUGACGGCGGAUCUCACGAGCUAACGAGCAAGCACCUGUCCGCCGCGAUCAUGAAUGUAGACGACUACGAAAGCCUUCCGACCAACUCCGUGGCCGUGCACAUGACGGCCGGUGCUGUCGCCGGGAUCAUGGAGCAUUGCGUCAUGUACCCGUUUGACAGUGUCAAGACAAGGAUGCAAGCAUUAACUCCUGGCCCAGGAGGAGGGGGAGGAAUAGGAGAGGUGUUAUAUAGAAUGAUACGACAAGAAGGUGUAUUAAGGCCAAUUAGGGGUGUCAGUGCAGUGGUUGCUGGUGCAGGUCCCGCACAUGCUUUAUACUUUUCUUGUUAUGAGUGUCUUAAAGAAAAGUUUAAGAGUACAAGAUCUCAAUUCAAUCAUCUUGUCUAUGGGGCAGCUGGUUGCGUAGCAACAAUUCUGCAUGAUGGUGUCAUGAACCCAGCCGAAGUGGUUAAACAACGAUUGCAGAUGUAUAAUUCCCCUUAUAGGAAUGUAUUGAAUUGUAUACAACAUGUGUACCAGAAAGAAGGGAUAUUUGCAUUCUACAGGAGUUACACAACUCAAUUGGCUAUGAAUGUGCCUUUUCAGAGUAUUCAUUUUAUCUCUUAUGAAUUCGUACAAUCCAUUAUGAAUCCAGAACACGUUUACAAUCCAAUAGCACAUAUUGGAUCGGGUGCAGCAGCAGGUGCAAUUGCGGCUGCCGCGACGACCCCUCUGGAUGUUUGUAAGACAGUGUUGAACACACAGCAGGAUGGUGUGCACGCUCAAGGCAUGAUAGAUGCAUUUAAACAAGUCUACAGGUUCGGCGGAAUACAGGGAUACUUCCGUGGAUUACGUGCACGUGUCUUAUUCCAAGCACCAGCCACCGCUAUCUGUUGGGUGAUAUAUGAGUCAUUCAAGUAUGUGUUGCGGGGCAAGCAAGAUGAUGAGUAUAGUGAUUCCGAAGCCGACAAUGGUAUGACCGGAAUUAAUCAGAAUCCGACGCUUGCAUCAAGAUCUAAUAGCUUUCAGGGCGCAGGUCUGUACUUUAACAAUCAUGCCUCAUCACCCGUAUUACUCAAAGUGACUACGAGUUAGGCAUGUAAAAAAUCCAUACUAUUGAUUGUCCAUUACGAGAAAGAAAGAGAAAGAGAGAAAGAAAACUAUUUCAUUAUCCAAGAGUUGUUUAUGGAAGUGGCGGUAUCUUUUUUUUUGUAUAAAAGUAUAUCGACA